AUGAGUACCCAUAUGAACACCCCUGCGAUGUAUAUUAAAAACCUCGUUUUAGAGGCACUCGCCAAUCUCGGCAUCCCAGAGACUGCUUUUACCGUGGAACAUCCAGGCGAGCUCUCUCAUGGGGAUUAUGCGUGUAAUGUGGCGAUGGGGCAAAAGAUGUCUUCGAGACUUGGUGGAGUGCCGCUGGUAACCGACAUGGUUGAGACGGUUGCAGAGGAGGUGCGAGAGAAAUCAGAGCGUCAAACAGAUGCGGAGAUUAUCGACAAUAUUGCACUCGGCGCAAUCAAGUUUGCAAUACUCCGCAGUAGACCAGGAAGCGAUGUAUCUGAUCAGGUUACUAACAUACACCGCAUCCUUUAUCGCUUCCCAGAAGUAGUACAAAGUGCUGCAGAGAGCUAUGGACCACACCAUAUCGUGACCUAUCUCCUCCAAGUAGCUCAAGAAUUUAACUCAUAUUAUGGAGCAAACAAGAUGGUAGAUGAUCAGGAUCUAUCUACUACUGCGUACAGACUGAGACUGGCACGAGCACUGCAGAAUGAAGAAAAAGUUCUGCAGUUUUGGGCUGAGCAUAAUAUCUUUGAAAAAACUCUGGAGCGCGAGGCACCUGCGGGGGAGUAUCACUUUUUCGAGGGACCACCGACAGCAAACGGUCGUCCAGGUAUUCACCACGUUGCUGCACGAGGGUUCAAGGACCUGAUCCCACGUUAUAAAACCAUGCGUGGAUAUCGUGUACACCGGCGUGCUGGAUGGGAUACUCAUGGACUCCCCGUAGAACUCCAAGUAGAAAAGGAGCUUGGUCUGACAAGUAAAAAACAGAUACAGGAGUACGGCACCGCACUGUUCAAUCAAAAAUGCCGCGAAAGUGUCUGGACGUACAAGGAUGAAUGGGAAGCGGUAACGACGCGUAUGGGGUACUGGCUCGACAUGGAUCAUCCGUAUGUGACGUAUACCAACGACUACAUCGAGGGAGUCUGGAGCGUGGUCAAGAAAAUCUCUGAGAGAAAAUCCGCCGAUGGACGAGAUUUACUGUACAAAGAUUUUAAAAUCCUCCCAUGGUGUACUCGCUGUGGAACAGGUCUCUCAAGCCAUGAACUCAAUCAGCCUGGCGCGUAUCAAGAUGUCAAAGACGUGACCGCGUAUGUAAAGUUUAAGAUGCCCAUAGGAUCAGAAAUUUCUAUGUUUGCCUCAGAAGAAAAAUAUGUUGAUUUUUGGGAAAAUUCCGUACUUGUUGGGCAAGUACAAAACCCGAAAUAUAAUGAAAAACAAAAAGUAAAAAUGAGUAAAGAAAUUUUUAUACUUGCUUGGACCACAACACCUUGGACACUUCCAGGUAAUGUUGCGCUUGCUGUUGGAAAGGAUAUUAACUAUGGUAUUUAUUUUUCAAAAAGUAAAAAUGAGUUGUAUUUAUUUGCAAGACAAUUUGAAGAAGCUGCAAAAAAAGAAAUAGAAGACUUGGUUUUACUAAAUACCACAAAAGGGGAAUGGUUAGAAAGUGAUAAAGUUUCAUACGAACCACUUUAUCCAUUUAUUUCUGACUUGUUACCAAUUGAUCAGCAAAGUAAAUUAGAAAAUGCAUACCAAGUAUACGCAGCUGACUUUGUCACUACUACCGACGGAACAGGGAUUGUACAUAUUGCACCAAUGUAUGGAGCAGAUGACUUUGACCUGGCUACGGCACACGAUUUACCAAAGUUCCACGUAGUAGGUGAGGAUGGUAAAUAUAUUGAUGGGUGUGAUACAGAAACUCUAAAGUUGUCAGGGCGUUAUGUGAAAGAGUCAGAUGAUGCAGGCAAGCCGACGUUUGCAAUUGAUAUUAUCAAUGACCUAACGGCACGUGAGCUGUUGUUUAAAAAGGAGAACUACGUGCACAGUUACCCACACUGUUGGCGUUGUAAUACGCCACUACUGUAUUAUGCGCGAGGGUCAUGGUAUUUCCGUAUGUCGGCACUCCGCGCCCAACUCCUUGCAGCGAACGAAAACAUUAACUGGGAGCCAGAUCAUAUCAAGUCUGGACGAUUUGGAGAGUGGCUCGACGGUAUCCGUGACUGGGCAAUAUCACGUGAUCGUUUCUGGGGGACACCGCUACCCGUCUGGCAAAACGCAGAUGGGAGUAAGCGAGUCGUGAUAGGAGGACUCGAAGAUAUUAAAAAGUAUAAAAUCCGCGAAAUUGAUUUUUCACCAUUACCACACAACGAACACUAUGAACUUGAUUUUCAUAAGCCGUAUAUUGAUGAAAUUGAACUACAACUCGAUGGUGAGAAAUUAACUCGUGUUAGUGAGGUGAUGGAUGUAUGGCUGGACAGUGGCUGUAUGCCAUACGCACAGAGUCAUGUACUGGGUAUGCAGAUGGACUGGUCACCGGCGCCAGCGGACUUUAUCGCUGAGGGAGCAGAUCAGACGCGUGGAUGGUUCUAUACGAUGCAUGCUAUUGCGAACCUCCUGAACGAUACGCCGACCAAUAACUAUAACAAUGUCGUAUGUCUGGGGCUCCUGAUGGCAGCAGAUGGAACUAAAAUGUCCAAAUCAAAAGGCAACAUCGUCAGUCCAUGGGAGGUGUUUAGCAAGUUCGGGGCAGACGUUGCGCGGUUCUGGUUCUACAGUGUAAACGGUCCCGGAGAGACAAAAAAUUUCGACGAGAAAUCACUCGAUGAAGUAAACAAAAAGGUGUUUAACCCACUGCGUAAUGUCGUGAGUUUUUAUGAGAUGUAUAAGCUGGACGAGGUACUCUCAGAGGAUCCUUUGCAGAGUACUAACGUGCUCGAUCAGUGGAUACUGUCACUGUGGGCACAGACUCACGAGACUAUAACCGUAGGACUGGAUACAUAUGAUAUGCUCACCCCAACACGUGCCAUAAAGGAUUUUAUUAGUGAGUUAUCAACAUGGUAUAUCAGGCGUAGUCGUGACCGAUUUAAGUCAGAUGAUACAAACGAUCGUAACUAUGCAUUGACUACGACACGGUAUAUUCUUAAACAUAUUGCAAUUGCCAUUGCUCCAUUUACACCUUUUCUUGCAGAGGAAAUCUGGCAAACACUUCGUCAUCAAGACGACGAGAUAUCGGUACAUUUGUGUGAUUGGAAUACCAACAUAUCAGCGUCUUUAUGGUCUUUAGAAGAUAUGCAUAUUGCACGUAGUAUAGUGACACUCGGAUUGGAAGCACGACAAAAGGUAAAUGUAAAAGUCCGCCAACCGUUGCAAAGUUUGAGAAUUGGAGAAGAUAAUCUUGGUAAAGAAUACUUAGAUAUUAUUUGUGAUGAGUUAAAUGUAAAACAAAUCAUUAUCGAUGAUACUCUAUCACAGGGACAGGCACUCUUGGACACCGUAAUCACGGAUGACCUGCGUGAUGAGGGUGAUAUGCGUGAGAUAGUACGAAGUAUCCAGGAUAUGCGUAAAACCGCAAACCUGGUACCAAGUGACGUCGUCACCGCAUCGCUCACUGCCUCAGAGCCUGCAUGGUUCAGUGCAAAUCAGGUUCUCCAUGAUGAACUCCUGCAGACUGUGGGAGCCAGGGAAAUAGUUUGGGGAGCAGAGGAGAAUAAAGUAGAAAAAAUUUAA